AUGCCACUUAAUGUUUUGAAGACCAAACAGGGUUCUCCCUCUGCAUCUUCAGCUAGUGAUCCCAAUACCGCUGCGAACGCUUCGAGCAAAAAUGUGGUAGACACGGACGACAUUGAUGAAAAUGAUGAGUCCGGGCAGAGCAUUCUGCUGGGUAUCAUCUCCCAGCUCAAACCUGGCUGUGAUCUAUCGAGGAUAACCCUGCCAACAUUCAUCUUGGAGAAGAAAUCCAUGCUUGAGAGAAUUACGAACCAGCUGCAAUUUCCGGACAUUUUACUAAAUGCCCACGAUGAAAAAGACGAUCUACAACGCUUUGUAGAAGUUGUUAAGUGGUAUUUGUCAGGAUGGCAUAUUGCUCCAAAGGCAGUGAAGAAACCAUUGAACCCUGUUCUAGGCGAGUUCUUCACUUGCUAUUGGGAUCUACCCAAUAAGCAACAGGCUUUUUACUUUUCGGAACAAACUAGUCAUCACCCUCCCAAGUCCUCUUACUUUUACAUGAUACCAGAAUCGAACAUAAGAGUUGACGGAACAACUAUCCCGAAAUCCAGAUUCUUGGGCAAUUCUACGGCAGCAAUGAUGGAAGGAUUGACGGUUUUGCAGUUUCUUGACAUUAAAGAUUCGAAUGGCAAGCCAGAGAAGUAUACCUUAAGCCAACCAAACAUGUACGCUAGAGGGAUUCUUUUUGGCAAAAUGAGAAUAGAACUCGGCGAUCAUAUGAUAAUUAAAUCAUCCAAAUACAAAGUUGACGUGGAGUUUAAGACGAAAGGCUUUAUUUCUGGUACUUACGAUGCAAUUGAAGGUAUUGUGAAAGAUCAUGCAGGCAAUGAAUUUUACGAAAUUAGCGGGAAAUGGAAUGAUGUAAUGUACAUCAAGGACUUGAGAAACAAGACUCCUAAAAGCGUUCUGUUUGACACAAAUUUGGCAACGCCACUCAAACCUCUUGUGCGCCCCCUCGAUGAACAAGGCGAAUUUGAAUCAAGGAAGUUGUGGAAGAAGGUCACGGACGCCUUGGCUAAUCGUGAUCACACUAUCGCAACAGACGAGAAGUUUGCCAUUGAAGACAAUCAGCGCGAUAUCGCCAAGAAGCGAUUGAAAGAUAACUCUCAGUUUCAUCCGAAAUUGUUCAGGCCGGCUAAAAAUCCUGACGAUGAUUUAGAAUUUUACAUUUACAAAGACAUUCCAAGUGAGGCCAGCCACGAAGACCAAAUAAGAGCAAUCUUAGAGAUUGCACCAGUUCUGCCUGGUCAGCAAUUCACUGAAAAGUUUAUAGUGCCAGGUCAUGAAAAGCACGAAGUUCAGAAGCAAGUGAAGAAAGGGGCUACAUAA